AAUACAUCGCGACAACCAGCGGUAUCAAAUAUCACCAUAUUAAGCUACUAUACCAGAAUGGCUGAAUCUUCACUGACAAAUGGCCACGACGCCCUUGAGGAGAAGCUCGGCCGAUUGUCAAAGAAACCUGGUGUUAAAGCCAGCAUCGUUCUUGACCGAACCACCGGCGCUAUCCUGAAAACCAGCGGACAAAUCGACGCUCUCCAGACCUCUAAGACGCGAACCACAUCGACUGCAACAUCAUUUUCCAAUGAAGGUCCUGCACUAGAGGAGAGCGAAACGAAAGGAGUCGAGCAAUUCGCCGCGAUCGUCUGGAACUAUGUGAAUAGCUCCGGAAGCUUGAUUCAGGAGCUGGAUGGUGAAGAUGAGCUGAAGCUUCUACGGUUACGAACAAGGAAGCAAGAAUUGGUCAUUGUACCCGAUCCCAAGUAUUUACUUGUGGUUGUGCAUGACACGCCUCCAGCUUGAGCUACGAAACAUGCUUAUUUAAGUCUUACCAAUGCCUGGGCGUCCCAGAUCUCCCACUUACCGACUUCCGCUGAAGGGCUAGGGGAGCAGUUUGUCUUGAUUCAAAAAAGAUGUUCUGUUUCAUCGACUGAUCAACUGGGAGCGUGACGGGCCGUGGAAUCGACAGGACGCAGGGAUCAUUACUGGUGUGUCGCAUUCGGGAUGGUCUUGAGUAAGGCAAGACAUCGUGAACGAAAUUACGAUUGAUACACAUAGGCUGGGGGAAGUGCAGGCAUCUCUGCCAUGCCUCGAAGGGAAGAAAGAAGAAGAGAAGCAUACCAACAUGGGUCAAGUGGGCUGGAGUCUGCGCCCUCGCGGCUAUCCCGUUACCCGAUUUCCUUUUACUGUGCUUCCCGUCACUACGGGACUAUCACGGGGUCCGCGCGAUGCCCAAUGUCCGGCAUGAACAAUUGGGAUGGGAAAGGCAAAUAAAUCCGCAGCUGUAAGUAGCCGCGUGUUUCGAAGGUUUAAUGGGCCGAACAAUUACAGCUGGAUUGCGCCCCUUGUUUCACAAGGGCCCCAUUGACGACGAAAAUGGUGGUGGCCGGAGUGGAAACGCUAGGAGCCGUUGGAAAAGCUCACGGAAAGGCCUCAUGGUGGUCAUGACCAUUGAGGAUCACACAUAGAUAUCGGCUACCAACACAAUUGAGCAGCAUUUCCGGUCCAUACUUGUAACGGACAAAGUUGCGAAUGUGAGCUCCUUCUGCUUGGUCAAUAACAAACAAGGUUCAUACGGGGCAGCGCAGGAAAAACGGAACGCACGUACAAAAUACGUGCGCACGUCCUUAUCCUUGACCAGUAUCCGUAUGCGGAUAACGAAAACGCUCAACAUUCAGGGUUACUCUGACUUGGAAGAAGGUUGUAAGGACUGCAGGGCUGAUACAUGGUCAAUGGCAAACACGUCAAGUAUCGAUCAUAUGUCUGAUCUCAAGAAGUCCCAAGUCUCAGAUUAUCAGAACUAAUGUUGCUGACCAAGCGCGAUAUCGAUGUAAAGUUCCGAUAUGAUUUGUACUAUUUUCGGCAAGAUGACAUUCCGAAACUAACGAGGGAUUUC